AUGCAAAAUAUUGUCAAUGAUGAGAUUGAAAACCUGGAAUGGUAUCAUCCAACGCUAACCAGGCAUACGGCAGAGAGUAUACUAAUGCAGAACGGGUCAGACGGCACCUAUCUUCUAAGACCCAGUAGAAAGGGCAGCGUGAAAUAUGCGCUUUCAGUCAAAUGUAAUCAAGCAGUGAAACAUUUUCCAGUUCUUUGGUCAAGUCCAGAGAUUAAAUUCGGCCAGUGUACGUUUAAGUCUGCCGAAGAAUUUGUGGAUCAUUUCAGAAAUAAACCACUCCUUUCUGGUGAAUCUGGCCAAGUUGUCUUGUUAAAAAUUCCAUAUCCGCGCGAUAUAGAAGAGCCGGACACAUACGAGUCUGUAACUUUACAUGGAGAAUUUUGUGGUGACCAGGAAUCGGAUCGUAAAAAUAUAAAUUUCUCGGUGAACUCAAAAGAAGGCUUUCUGACGAAGUUGGGAGGUCACAUAAAAUCAUGGCGGACCCGCUGGUUUGUGCUACAGCGCAAUGAGCUGAAAUAUUUCAAACAGAAGUCAAGCAAGAACUGUAUACGUGUGCUGGAUUUGGACCAGUGUAAAGGAUGCUGUGAGGACUUAACUCAUCCAAGUCAAAGCUAUGUGUUCAAGUUGGACAUGGGCUGGCGAAUUUUCUAUUUGUCAUCAACAUCAGCACAAGACAUGCACGACUGGAUUAAAAACAUCAAUUUUCGGUUGAAAGGGAAUUCUGCCUGA